AUACCGCGUAGUCUCCCUCAACCUCUCCCUCUCCCUCUAUCUUUGUUGUGAGGAUGUUAUUAAUACCCUCUAGACUUUCUAUAACUUCUCACUUCCAUGCCUUAAGUUUUUCUCCCUUAGUGCUCAUCCAUCUACAAUUUUAUGUAUUGUAGUCUUUCUUCUCAAAAAUAUUAUAUAAUUAAUAUAUCAUGAUGAGCUUUUGCAAGAAAAGUGUUCACUCGUUUUUAGAUCUUACAAAUCAUCCCAAUAUUAGUGUUAGUAGUAUUGGUGCUGCAGAAAAGCCUUCUUGCAAAUGUCAAGGUGUUUGUAGUUCUCCCUCUGGAUCAGGACUAGGGUUAAUAACUACAACAACAUGUGAAAGUGUCCAUAAAACACCAAACAUUCUUGAAUCAACAACUAUCAAAUCCUCUACACCUUUAACCACCCCACCUUCCUCACCACCACCACCACCACCACCAUCUAUAGCCUCUAUCUUUAAAAAGGGACCUAGCGGGAUUGGAUUCCUUGAUGAUAUUGGUGGUGGUGUUAAUGGUUUGAUGUCUUGUACUGAGAGUCUUGGGUUUGAGAGCUCUGAUGAAAGAAGGUUUGAUGAUGAUAACGAGUUAUGUUCAAGGGAAAUACCAACAAUAAACAAAGUUAAAUGGAGAGAAUUUGGCGAGAAAAAGGAAGCCAAGAAGUUUCCACCACCUCUUUCUUCUUUAAACCACAAUGGUCAACCUAGUUUUUUCCUCAAGCCAGUGAGAAAAGAUGGUAGGCUUGAAUUGACAGAGGUUAGGAUUGAUAGGCACGAGAUUUUACGUGCCUCCAGACAAGAUGGAAGGUUGCGGUUACAUCUUGUUGAAGAUGAAGAAUUCCCAGUUGUUGAAGAAGAGUACGAGCCAGAACAAGAACAAGAAGAAUAUUUGGAGGAAGAGAAAGAAGGAGAAUUAGAGGAGGAGGAGAUGGUGGUUAAGGAAAACAAUGAAGAAGAGAGUGCGGGGGAAUUGGGAUUUCGAGUGAAUAAAGAAGGGUUAAGAAUAAGGUGUCAUGAGCUGGUGGUUGAUCACCACAAUGAUUAUCACCACCACCACCACCGUAGCAACCUUUGGAGCCAACAAUAUUGUGUGCCAACAAGGUGAAGUUCUCUAUAUGAUGUGUGUAAUUAAUUUUGUGGUGUCCUUCUGGACUUGUAAUUUUGUGGUGUUUCGAUUUAUGGGGUAGUAUUAGGCUUAGCUGCAGGGAGAAAUGGCCGAUGUGUCUCAGCCAAGUUUGGAGGAGUGGAUAAUUGAGGAAUCUAAUUGGGGUUCACAGCUAGCAUUGCAUGUCACAUUUUUCAUCAGUAAAUCGCUACAAGAUAUUUUUCCAUCGAUUUUUCUGUUUUUUUUCUUAAUUUUCUAGUAGUGAUUAAUGUAAAAACCUUUUGUGUUUUAUAACAAGACAAAAAGAAAGAGAGAAAGAGAGAGUUAUGUCUUCUCCCAACAUUGUGUAGUGUCACCCUAUGUGUAAAUCAAACAUAAGAUUUGAUUCAUUCUAAUAAUAAUAUUUGGGUGUCA